AUGAAUUGGCUAACGGAGAUUGAGAAGAUCUUCAAUGUCAUAGAGUGUCCCCUCGCUCAGAAGGACAACUUCAAGAGGGUCUUCCUUGAGAAGUAUUUCCCGGAUGAUGUGAGGAGUCAGAAGGAAGUGGAGUUCCUUGAACUAAAGCAAGGGAAUAACACAAUAGCAGAGUAUGCUGCCAAGUUUGACUCAUUGGUUCGUUACUGCUCCCACUAUCAUGGUGAGGGUGGUGAACGUGCUAAAGUGAACAAGUGUCGCAUCUUUGACCGUGACAACCAUGCCCGUGCUGCUUUCUACAAGGGAGCUGAAGGUCCUAUGCGUGCUGUAAGUUCUGAUGCUUCGAUUAGGAGUAAGCCUUACUUUGCUCCUGCUAGAUCCCAAGGGAGUAAAGCUGCUGCUAGUGAAAGCAAGUCAUUUACUAGAGGAUCCAUUGUUAGGGCUACUGGAAGUGUUGUAGGGUCUAUGUCAACUCCUUCAGGAAAAUGCUGGAAGUGUGGACGUGCUGGUCAUAAUCAAUUUCAGUGUCGUGACAAGGAGGUUACUUGCUUCAACUGCAAUGGUAAGGGUCACAUUAGCACCCACUGUCCUAAACGGCCAAAACCACGUGCUACUGGAUCGGGUUCGCAAGCUGAGCGUCCAAAGGCUAUAGGGAGAGUAUUUGCUCUUAGUGGUGCUGAAGCUGCUCGCUCAGAAAGUCUGAUACAAGGUGCUUGUUUCAUAGCUGAGACUCCUUUUAUUGUAUUGUUUGAUUCUGGUUCAACUCAUUCCUUUAUUUCUGUCUCUUGUGUCCAAAAGUUGGAUUUGCCUUGGUGCUUCUAUGAUAGGUUUGGGUGGAUUGUUGAUGCAAGAAGGAAAGCUAGUAGUUUAUGUUUCUAG